GGGAAUUCCAACCUGUGGAAUCUUGGGGGUCCCCGAGGUCGGCUCCUUCCCUUUGAAACUGUGAAUGGUGCCAGGGACAGAGCCUCUAGCGACUCUUGGGGGAGGGUUUGGGGUCUGCAGGGUGAGGGCGGAGAGGAGUGUCAGAGUGUGAGUUGGGUACGGGAGUUCCAAACUUAGAAUCUUGAGGCCCGCCGGGCUCCGGCGCCGGCGAGAGGGAUCUCGGGCCGCCAUGCGGGACAGGACCCACGAGCUGAGGCAGGGGGAUGACAGUUCGGACGAUGAAGACAAGGAGCGAGUCGCGCUGGUGGUACACCCGGGUACUGCACGGCUGGGGAGCCCGGACGAUGAGUUCUUCCAGAAGGUUCGGACAAUUCGGCAGACUAUCGUCAAGCUAGAGAAUAAAGUCCGAGAGUUGGAGAAGCAGCAGGUCACCAUCCUGGCCACGCCCCUUCCCGAGGAGAGCAUGAAGCAGGACCUGCAGAACCUGCGUGACGAGAUCAAACAGCUAGGGAGGGACAUCCGCGCGCAGCUGAAGGCCAUAGAGCCCCAGAAGGAGGAAGCUGAUGAGAAUUAUAACUCCGUCAACACAAGAAUGAGAAAAACCCAGCACGGGGUCCUGUCCCAGCAAUUCGUGGAGCUCAUCAACAAGUGCAACUUAAUGCAGUCUGAAUACCGGGAGAAGAACGUGGAGCGGAUUCGGAGGCAGCUGAAGAUCACAAAUGCUGGAAUGGUGUCUGACGAGGAGCUGGAGCAGAUGCUGGACAGCGGGCAGAGCGAGGUGUUUGUGUCCAAUAUACUGAAGGACACACAAGUGACUCGACAGGCCCUAAAUGAGAUCUCGGCCCGACACAGUGAGAUCCAGCAGCUGGAACGCAGUAUCCGUGAACUUCAUGAGAUUUUCACUUUUUUGGCCACUGAAGUGGAGAUGCAGGGGGAGAUGAUCAACCGAAUUGAGAAGAACAUUCUGAGCUCAGCUGACUAUGUGGAACGUGGGCAGGAACAUGUCAAGGUGGCGCUGGAGAACCAGAAGAAGGCGCGCAAGAAGAAAGUCUUUAUUGCCAUCUGUCUGUCCGUCACUGUCCUCAUUCUGGUGGUCAUCAUUGUCAUCUCGUUGAUUUGACAGCACCGCAUAUUCUUGAAUCAACUGAAGUUGACAACCCGUGGCGCCUACCGGGAUCUGACAGAGACUGUCAAACCGACGCGGAGAUUGCGACGUCUACGCAGCUGGGUGUCCACGUAGAGCAUGUGCCUUCUGCUUGGCAGUGCUGGACAGCGCCACCCCCAAAAUGCUGCUUACUUGUCUCAGGACGCCAUCUAGAACUUCUCAGAAGAGUUGGCUAGACGGCCAAGCAAGGGCUUGGAUGGCGGGUUCAGUAAUUUGAACUUUUCCGGUGGGCUGUGGGGACCCAUGGAAGGUUUCUGAACAGGUGAGUGGCAGGUUUGGAGCAGACCUAGUAGGCAAGUGGACCCAGGAACUGGAGGUUUUACAAGUUCCCUUGUGUAUACCCCUUCUGUGAGAGAAAUCAACCUGAGUGAGGGGCCAUGGGAAGGUUUUUUCACUGAAAUCCUGGCUUGGGUGCUGCUGUCAGCCCAACUUUUAAGGAACAUGGUCUGUGUGAGUUGUGGCUUUUCCAAAUCCAUCUUGUAUCACAACCUUUCAGCUGUAGAGUUCUCCACUUAUUCCUCACCCACUGAAUAUUUCAUGGUUCAGAUUCUUAAGAAAAGGGACCUGAUUGAUUUAGGUCAAGUUACAUUGACCUACUUGGGAAUUGUCUGACCUUGACCUUGAGUCAAGAUUUUACCCUUGACCAAGGUGUAUGCCUGGAGAAUCCCAGGGACAGAGGAACCUGGUGGGCUACAGUUCAUAGGGUCGCAAAGAGUUGAACACGAUUGAAGUGACUUAGCGAAUACACAGGACGUAUGAGAGAUGUUACAAGGUACAAAACACGUCAGCACAGUGUGUAUGAAGGAAGAAUGGUUGAACUCAGUGAUUGACGUUUCUGGUACAGCCCUGUAGUAGAUUAUAUUGUUGUUCCAAAUAUAUGCUGUUCUUCCUAUUGGGCCCCUCACGUGGGGAGGAUUAUACAUUCAUGCCCACUUACAAUAGGCUUGGCUAUAUAACAUGCUUUCGAAUCUGAGUAGAUAUUAAGACACCACUUCGAAGUAGAAGCUUUAAGCACCAAUGAGUAGUCUGGCGGUUUCCCAUCUCUUUUUCCUCUGCCAUGAACCUGUCAAUUGCCAGAUGAAGACUUCUUCAGCCUGGAACCCAGAAUUAACAGGACAUGAAGCUGAUCUGUAGCCCACCUGUAAAAUGAGGUAUAAUGUAAAUGAGAAACUUCUCCUGCUGGGAGCUGCUGAUAUUUGGAGGUUGGUUUUUACCACAUUAUCAUAAGUCUAGUUCAGCUGUUACAGAGGUAGUAGCCAGAAGUGAGGUGUUGCUACAAUAAAAAGAAAAACCUGA